AUGUACUUUCUGAUUUUCUUAGUGUACAAAGUAGCUACUUUGAGGUGCCCUGCAAGUAAUGCUUUCCUUGUUCCACAUGAGUGGUACCAGCCUGGAGACUUCAUCAUUGGUGGAAUAGCGUCCCAGAUUCUUUACCACUUUUUGGAAAUGAAAUUUAAUGAACAUCCUGCCAGAAGACCUAAUGACAUACCAAUUAUAAUCACCAAAUUUCAUCAGCAUGUCCUUGCCUUGGCCUUUGCUGUGAAGGAGAUCAAUGAGGACUCCCAGAUCUUACCUAACAUCACUCUUGGGUUCCACAUCUAUGACAGUUACCACAACCCAAGGAUGACCUAUCGCACCACUCUGGACCUCCUUUUCAAAUCCCAGGAAUUUGUCCUUAACUACAAAUGUGAUAGCCAGAAAAAACUCAUGGCUAUUAUUGGAGGAUUGGAUUUUGAUACAUCAUCUUAUAUUGCUGAAAUAAUGGAUUUCUUCAAAUUUUCACAACUGACAUAUGGCUCAUUGGCCCAAGAUGCAUUUCAGACCAGUAAGCUCUCUUCACUUUAUUUCAUGGUCCCAAAAGAGGACCAUCAAUACAUUGGGAUUAUCCAACUACUUCGCCAUUUCGGGUGGACAUGGAUUGGGAUUUAUGCUGUUGAUAACAAUAAUGGAGAAAAAUUCUUACACAAAAUACAGCCCUUACUUUCAGAGAAUGGAAUCUGCUCAUCGUUCAUAGAAAGGCUUGCACAACUGGUCCACUUGGAAGACGUCCAAGAAGUUUAUCUUACAGUCUCAAUUAUGCCCAUUAAUUUUAUGAACAGCAAAACCAAUGCAUUUCUUGUCUAUGGAGAAUCCUGGGCAAUUAUGUGGCUAAGGUAUGCUACAUUUUUUGCAGAUCCUGAGAGCAAAGAAACUGCAUUAUUUAGAAAUGUGUGGAUCAUGACUGCGCAGAUUGAUUUCAUAUUAUCAGGAUUUCAAAUCACAUGGGAUCUCAAGAUGUUCCAUGGGGCUAUUUCCUUCACUGUUCAUUCAAGAGCAGUUGUAGGUUUCAAAGAAUUUCUUCAGACCGUAAAUCCUCUUUCAGACGACAGAGAUGGGUUUCUGCAGGAUGUUUGGGAACAAUCAUUUGAUUGUUCAUUUCCAAAACCAGAGUUACAAGAUAUGCAGAGUAGGAAAUGCACUGGGGAGAUGAAGCUGGAGGACCUUCCUGCACCUGUAUUUGAAAUGGAAAUGACUGGCCAAAGCUAUAGUAUCUACAAUGCUGUUUAUGCUGUGGCUCAUGCUUUGCAAGGUCUACUCAUUCUAGAGUUCAAUAGAAAGAAAACUAAGAUGGAUAAAAAACCUGAUUUUCAAUAUCUGCAGGCUUGGCAGCUCCACUCAUUUCUUCAAGGCAUUUCUUUUAACAAUUCAGCUGGGGAGAGAGUGUUCCUGAAUGAGAAAGGAAAAGCAACAGGUGGAUUCGACAUCACCAACUUAAUCAUUUUUCCAAACAGAUCCUUCCAGAGAGUUAGAGUUGGAAAGCUGGAUCUACAGGCCCCAAAAGGGAAGGAAUUACUCAUUGAUGAAGAUGUGAUCAUCUGGAAUCCAGUUUUUAACCAGGUUCUUCCACUUUCUCAAUGCAAUGAUCCUUGUUUCCCUGGAUCCUGGAAGAAAGGGAUUGAGGGGGAUCAAUUCUGCUGCUAUGCCUGUGUUCCAUGUCCAGAAGGGAAGAUUUCAAAUCAAAAUGAUAUGGAUGACUGUUUUGAAUGUUCAGAAGAUCAUUAUCCAAAUAAAGAAAAGAAAGGAUGUAUCCUGAAACUGCUGAUCUUUCUAACUAUUGAAGAAACCUUAGGAAUUUGUUUAGCCUCAGCAGCUCUUUGUUUCUUCUUCUUGACAUCUUGGGUACUUGGAACUUUUAUUAAGCACAGGGACACUCCCAUUGUCAAAGCCAACAACAGGUUCCUCACCUACACCCUGCUUGUCUCUCUUCUGCUCUGUUUCCUCUCCUCUUUGUUCUUUCUCAGCCAUCCUGGCAAAGUGACCUGCCUUCUCCGACAAUCAAUGUUUGGCAUCACUUUCUCAGUUGCCAUUUCUAGUGUAUUGGCCAAAACCAUCACUGUAGUUGUGGCUUUCAUGGCCACUAAACCAGGAUCUCAGAUGAGGAAAUGGGUGGGGAAAAGAUUGGCUUUUUGUACUGUCCUUUCCUGUUCUCUCUUCCAAGUAUUGAUUUGUAUUAUUUGGUUGUCAACAUCUCCACCAUUCCCUGAGUUGGACAUGUAUUCAGAGCUCCAAGAAAUAAUUUUGCAGUGCAAUGAGGGGUCAGCUUUUUUCUUUUAUUGUGUCUUGGGCUACAUGGGUAUCUUGGCCAUUGCCAGCUUUUUUGUGGCUUUUCUUGCUCGUAAAUUACCUGACAGCUUUAACGAAGCCAAGUUCAUCACCUUCAGCAUGUUGGCAUUUUGCAGUGUGUGGGUCUCCUUCUUUCCAGCCUAUCUGAGCACAAAAGGAAAAGCCAUGGUUGCUGUGGAGAUCUUCUCCAUCUUGUCCUCCAGUGCUGCAUUACUGGGAUGCAUAUUUUUGCCAAAAUGCUACAUAAUUGUUUUUAGGCCUGACCUCAACCACAGGGAGCAACUCACAAAGAGAAAUUAGUAUCCU